AUGAGUGCAGACAUCCUCGUAGCAUUCGCUGGCCUUGCCCGACCCCUCUGCCGGAAAUUGCUGCUCUUCGCAAGCCUUCUGGUGCAGUCCGCCAGGUCCGAGCCAGUGGCUUCCAAUCAAUGGGCUAGUCCAGUCCCAGGCAAUCUUGGAGGACCUGCAUCUCGAGAAGUAGUGCCAGAUCCAGGGAAGCAGGCAGAACGGCAGCUUGCUUCCAAGCAGCAGGCAGACGUGGUUGCCAAGGAGGUGGCACCACACUCAGAUGAGUGCAGUACAGAGGCAUCCCCUUCGGGCGAGAAUCUGAACGAGAACGUACUCCAGUUGUUUCAGGCAGAGAAAGUACCCAAGCGUUCGCUGCUGAAGGCACUUUUAGAGCGACGAGCUGACCCAAAUCAUCGCUUCACCUCGCGUUUUAAGCUUCACAACGUGGAGUUUGCAGAAGGCUGUCCGCUACAGUUCGGGGUCACAUCUGGGGAUCGUCAUUUAACCCAGCUACUGAUUGAGCACGGGGGGGACAUUCACCGGUCCCGGUACAGCAAGCAGGCCGGAGUCGGUGGCAAGGUGUGGAGCGGCGACGCUCCUUUCGCAGCUCUGCCAUCUGACAGCGUGGACAUGCUGACUUUGCUAGUCGAGAGCCACGAUGUGUCACCAGAUUUGGGAUCGACAGUAGGGGACACACCCGGUGCCACGAUGCUGUGGAAUGCAUCCUACUUUGGUGCUGUGAAAUGCACGCGCUACUUGCUGGAAGCGAAGGCUUCAGUGGAUGAAGCGGCUCCCUGGCAGGACAAUACGGCUUUGCACUACACGCCUUUGCAUGUUGCUGCAAGGGCGGGAAAUGAAAAGUGCUGCCAACUGCUUUUGCAAGCAGCUGCAGACAUGAACGGACGCUGUCAGGUGAAAAUAACGGAAUGCACCGGCAGGAUUCUGCAUGGCGACUGGUACUUCACACCGCUAGAUACUGCCAUCGAGAUGAGCCAGACUGCAGUUGUGAAGCUGCUCCUGGCUCAGAAGGCAGACCUUAUCAAGAACAAGCAGGAUGCGCCUGAGCACCUGAUAUCCUCGCAGGACAAGCACCUCCGGGUCGACAGGUAUAACUACUCCUUGCAGAGCCUCUUGAGCAGUGGGAACAGCCGGGUGAUAUCGGAAGUCGCUGCUGCGCUGCAAGACACUCCUCAACAGGUAGCUCACUUGACCGAGGAGGACAUCGUGCGAUUUCUGAAAACUCCAGGCAAUGCGCCAGUCAAUCUGAUGAAGGCGGUCUUCUACGAGACCAGUCAAAUCAAGUAUUGGAAGCCGGCCCAGCAGACCAGCGCCUCGUCCCGAGGCGAAGGCAAAUACGACGAAUAUUUUCGUCCAGAAUACAUCAUGAAUGUCAAGCAGAGCGACACGCGAGUCUAUGCUCAGUCAGCCAACAUUCGAAAAAUCCUGGUAUACGGAAAGGUCCAACAUGUAAUCAACUUCACCGAAGGGCCGUCCAGGGACGAUGUGGACAAGCAUUGGAAAGACAGAAGAGUCUUACGGGAUCAAAUCCCAGAGUUCGUUCAGCGAAUUGCGCCCCAGCCGGAGAAGGCAUCGGCGUACUCUGGCUUAGGCAGCCUUUUCAGGGAGAGUGUGUACCUUCCCGUCAACUUUUUUGCCUGCCUUGUCGCGAACUUGCACCAAAGCGAGGAGGUCUUGCUUGCUAUUGCCAGCUGUCCGAACCAGGAAAUCUUUCGCCUGCGCGAGUGUGAGGCCAUCGUGUCUUUCAACUGGACCACUGUCAGAAAAAUUCACUUGUCAGACCUCGCAAUUCAGGCAGUCACCUCCUUGUUGCUGCUCUUCAGCAUCUCAACAUUGCGAGAUGAGGACCCAGAGUGGUGUGCCAACCUCCCCUGGUUCGCCUUGUCAGGUCUUCCCUUCGUCACAGCAACCGUCGUCAUGAGGCUCUGUGAGGCAGUGGGCAAUAAGAUGAGGGAGCCAUGGGAAGUCUACACAGAGGCCAUGGAGUUGACCCUGGCUAUAGCAACCAUGACUCUGUUCAUCGUCUUCAUGAUCCCACCCACAAGCCGCCCACUAACCUGCGCGGAUCGUGGGGUAGUGGAUCGUCUGUCCAUGCGAGCCGCCAUCAUUGUGACGAGCUCCCUGCGAUUGAUGCACAACAUUGACAUGCUGAGGCUAGCCUUCUCAGAGGUGAACAUGAUCGUGACACCGAUCAUUUCAGCUUUGGCUCGGUCACUUCCGUUUUGCAUUGCAGUGAUUUACUUCGCGUUUAUCAUGUGGCAAGCAUACUGGACCUUAGAUGUGGAAGAAUGGCAAAACGGCUGGAAGGCAAUUAUUAUUGCUUGGCGUUUUGCUGUCCUGGGCGACUUCGAAGUCGAAGAGCUUGAAGGUCAAGAAGGCACCUGGCACCAGGCUGCCGAUCGACCGAUGUGGACAUACGAGGAUCCAGAGCUCACUGACAAUUCCACACUAGUCCGAGGAGUCUUCAUAGUGCUUUGCGGCAUGAUGUUCCCGGUCCUCAUCAUGAACAUCCUGAUCUCCGUCCUCAGUGUUUGGCUGGAUUUUGCAAUCAAGAAUGUCUGGCUUGAUUUUCAGCGGGCAAGAGCCAGGAGAGUCUUGAAGUACAAGGCACUCACCCGAUUGUUGUGCAGAUGCCACAAGGCUGAGGACAUGGAUGUGAACGAACAAGAUGUGAAAGCGAGCGCGUCCUACAUUUGGUUCUCUGCUCCGAAGGAGGAGGAGAUUCUGGAAAAUGAUGUCGCGCCUGGACUCAAUCUCAAAUUCAAGGAAGCCGCCGAAGGCGACCAAAGGAUUGAGUCAAGGCUGGGAAGCCUGGAAAGGAGCCUGCAGAUCCUGGUGGACAGCAAUGUUCGAAACGAGCGUCGCCGUGCGAAGAACACAUUCGACAAGGCGUUCAGCACGCCCAAAGACAUGAAUGGUGCUUAG